AUGGCUGUGUUUCACGACGAGGUGGAGAUCGAGGACUUCCAGUAUGACGAGGACUCGGAGUCGUACUUCUACCCCUGCCCGUGCGGUGACAACUUCUGUAUCACCAAGGAGGAUUUGGAGAAUGGAGAAGAGGUGGCGACGUGUCCCAGCUGCUCUCUCGUUAUAAAAGUGAUCUAUGACAAAGACCAGUUUAUGUGCGGCGAGACAGUCCCGGCCCCUUCAGCCAACACAGAAUUAGUUAAAUGCUGA